AUGUUCUCUACUCUGCGUCUGCUCCUUCUCAUCACUACUCUUACUGGUGUGGUACUGGGCGUGAUAUCGUCCUCCGUUGACGACCACGCUCAGACCUUGCGACCUCGAGACGAUAAUCUUCCCGCCAGGGUCCCCUAUGUCUUUCCUUCUCCUGGCACAAAUGCGAUUGCGGACGAAAUAAGAUCUCGUAGGGCGAAUGGCACCUUGCUCGAUCUCGACGGCGUCCUACUGCAGGCACCGCUGGUUGCUCAAGGGGAGGACGUGUUCGCAGGAGUGAUUAGGGACAACAAUUCGAUCCCUGCCACAAUGCGCGAACUCAUCAUAUUACGUGUCGCCGUGUUGAACAGCGCAGCUUAUGAAUGGCUUCAACACGAACCGGUCGGUCGUUCCGCCGGGCUCACCACUGCCGAUCUUCUCUAUAUCCGCUUCGCUCCCGCUUUCUCUGGGACUAUCAACAACGCAUCCUCUUUGGCCAACUCCACCAGCCCACCUCAAUUCGCCAACACAACCCUCAGCCCCUCGCUCUCCGCCGCCAUGGAGUUCACUGACUGGUCUACAAAGUCCGUCUUCGUUCCCCAGCCUGUCUUCGAUAACUUGCAUGCGUUCUUCAACGAUACACAAAUCGUGGAGGCGAUGGCGACGGCUGCGUUCUACAAUUUCGUUAGUCGAUUCGUGGUAGGGAUGAAUGUGGAUGACAAGAUGAGUGUGAUGGUCCCGGUUCCUUCUUAG